UAUUCAAUUCAAUAUGGCGACCGGCUUCAAACGGCUUUGAAGCUAGCUUUUCUUUUUCGCCAAUUUAGCUCAAUUUUUCAUUUAAUUUUCUGAUAAUAGAGUGUAAGCCAUCGUGAAAUAAGCUAAUCUGUUUUUAGUGUUUUAUUGAAGAAGAUUCCUCGGUAUCUACAGCAAAAUGUAUGACGACAGGCGCGGGGGUGGUCGUGGCGGAGGCCGUGGUGGGGGCCGUGGCGGCGGCCGGGGCGGGCCUCGCAGCGGCGACAGGUCGGACGACCGCGGCGGCAGCAGGUUCGGCGGCCGCGACGGCGGCGGCAGGGGCGGCGGCCGCGGCGGCGGUCGCGGUGGCGGCUUCGGCGGCGGUCGCGGCGGAGGACGCGACGACUACCGUAGCAACUUUAAAAACGAUCAACCCGGGGGCAAUCUGCGUAAAAUCCGCUGGGACACGGUCGAGUUGAUUCCGUUCCAAAAAAACUUCUACGUUCCUUGCGACAGCGUCGCUCGCCGCACGCCGGCCGAGGUCGAGGCGUACCGGAGCCAGCAUCAAAUUACCGUAAAAGGCCGCGAUGUGCCGAACCCUAGCAUGUUUUUCGAAGAGGGUGGCUUCCCUGACUAUGCUAUGAAAGAGAUUUUAAAGCAGGGAUUCCCCAGUCCGACUCCUAUUCAAGCCCAAGGCUGGCCGAUCGCUUUAUCGGGAAGAGAUUUAGUCGGUAUCGCUCAAACGGGCUCGGGGAAGACGCUAGCCUACAUCUUACCUGCGAUUGUGCAUAUCAUUAAUCAACCGAGGCUGCUGCGAGAUGAUGGCCCCAUUGUCUUAGUAUUGGCUCCCACUAGAGAGCUUGCUCAACAAAUUCAACAGGUCGCCAAUGACUUCGGUCAAAGUGUGGCGGUGCGUAACACGUGCAUCUUUGGUGGGGCUCCGAAGGGGCCUCAGGGGCGCUGCCUGGAGCGAGGGGUGGAGAUCAUCAUUGCUACUCCUGGCAGGCUCAUUGACUUUUUGGAGAAGGGUACUACGAACCUGAAGCGUUGUACAUACUUGGUGCUGGACGAGGCUGACCGGAUGUUGGACAUGGGCUUCGAGCCCCAGAUCAGAAAGAUCAUCGAGCAGAUCAGACCGACAGACAGGUAAGUUCUGAUGUGGUCCGCAACCUGGCCCAAAGAAGUCCGGAACCUCGCCGAGGAGUUCCUCCAUGACUACAUCCAGAUCAACAUCGGCUCCCUUCAGCUCUCUGCCAAUCACAACAUUUUACAAAUCGUGGAUGUCUGCGAGGAAUGGGAGAAGAAUGACAAGCUGAUUACUUUGCUUACUGAGAUCUCAUCGGAGGAGGAGACUAAGACUAUCAUUUUUGCAGAGACUAAGAGAAAGGUUGACGAAAUAACCAAGUCCAUAAACCGCGCGGGCUGGCGCGCGCUCGCGAUCCACGGCGACAAGAACCAGCAGGACCGCGACUACGUGCUGCAGCAGUUCCGGCAACACCCGCGCGGCGUGCUCGUCGCUACGGACGUCGCCGCCAGGGGGCUCGAUGUGGAGGACGUGAAGUUUGUGAUAAACUAUGACUACCCGAAUAACUCUGAGGACUAUGUGCACCGCAUCGGCCGCACGGGCCGCUCGCAGAACACCGGCACGGCUUACACGCUCUUCACUCCCAAUAAUUCUGCCAAGGCCAAAGAUUUGAUGUUGGUGCUGCAAGAGGCCAACCAAGUGGUGAACCCCAAGCUGCUUGAGCUGGCUCAGUGUGGGAUGGGAUUCAAGGGGAAAUACAAUCGUGGUCGCUACCGCAACGACCGCGAUGACGACAGAGGAGGCCGCGGCGGCCGCGACGGCGCGCGCGGUCGCGGGGGCCGCGGAGGGGCGGCGGGCGCGGAGCAUCUCGCUUCGGAGACCGCUCUGGAGGCUCACGAUGGGACAAUAACUCCAGUAACGAUAAUGGAGGCUAUAACAACAGUAGCGGAGGUUACGGCAAUCGCGGCGGCUUCGGUAACCGCGAUGGCGGUAGCGGAGGCGGGUUCGGUAACCGCGAUGGCGGUAGCGGAGGCGGGUUCGGUAACCGCGAUGGCGGCAGCGGUGGCUUCGGUAACCGCGACGGCGGCAGUGGAGGUUUUGGCAACCGCGAUGGAGGGAGUUACGGAACCGCGAUGGCGGUGGAUUUGGGAAUCGUGAUAAUGGGUUCAGAGGACGCGGCGCGCCCAGAGGAGGUGGUAGAGGACGAGGCGGUUCUACCGGCGGAGGGUUCGGCGGCGCGGGCGCGGGCGCGGGCGCGGGGGCCGGCAACUACAGCGUGCCGCCGCCCGGGGCACCCGCGCCGGCGCCCCCCGCGUCCUACUACAACAUGUACGCGCAGCCGCCGC